GUCGGCUUUGGAAAAAACCCAUAGUAACAAAAAAUAGUACAGGGAAAAAAAUAUCAAUAUACUACUCCUAAAAUGAACAGCACUGGAGCAUACAAGGAAUACGAUGAGGUAAUCUGGUCGCAAUUUCUGGAAAAAGUAAAUAUCAACGACCCAACUUUAGUACUCAUAGUGGCAAAAUGCACGAUAUUUAUUGUGAGUUUGGUUGGAAAUUUACUAACAUGCAUCGUCAUUUAUUGCGACAGAACGAUGCAUACAGCGACCAACUACUACCUAUUCAACAUGGCGGUAUCCGAUUUGAUCGUAACUUUUGCAAUACUUCUUGAAGUGGACGAGUAUUUGAGCAACUCUUACCAAUUUGGAAAUCUAGCGUGUAAGGUACACUUCUUUUGCAUCGUAGUGCUUUGGAACAACAGUAUUCUAGUGAUGACAGUGCUGGCGGUGGAGAGGUACAUAGCGAUAUGGUACCCCAUGCUCUUGAAAACGAAGGUGAAAAGAGUUAUGAAAGUCAUAACUGCGCUAUGGGUAGUCGCCAUAUUGGAAACGCUGCCAGAAAUUUGGGGAGUCGAGCUGGUAAAGUCGAAGACGGUAGCCAUAUGUUUCACCGUUCCUACACCGUACAGCAGGAUUGUCAACGGUAUAAUGGCUGUGGUAACUUUCAUCCUACCCCUGGGAAUCAUGUUGUUCGUAUACACGAUGAUCGCGUUGAAAAUAAAUGAUACAGAAAAACCUAGUUCCAACAGCGCUGUGUUCAAUCACAAGAGGAACAGAGGAAGAGUCAAUAAACUAAUUGUAGUGCUGACGCUGUCGUUCCUCAUCUGCUGGAUGCCGUUCUUCACCUUCCGAGUAGUCAUAUUUGCGUACGACAUGCACCAACAGAUACUGCUUGAUGAGCUCUGGCGUAUCGGUUUUCAAGUGAUGAUGAUCACGAACUGGCUGAGCGUGGUGCUUAACCCCAUCAUCUUCAGUCUCAUCUCCACUAAGUUCAGAAAAUCACUUGAGAUGUUAUGGAGGAAGAAAAUCAGGAAAGAACCAAUAACAGAAGUUAGAGGCAACAAUGUGAUAUGGAUCUCUUAUAGAAACACCAAGUGUACGCAAGUAUAGAAGAUUUUAAAUAUCAAGUUUUAUGAAAUUAAUAAGUUGUACGUAAAAUAGAGAUUGCCAGCAGAAUAAACUGGGCAGAUUGUCCU